AUGGUGCUGCUCCUUGAGUCUCUCUUGCUAGCCUUCAUCUUCCUCGCAUGCCAUGCCAUACAUGUGGCGCCCCAAGCUUUACUGGAAGCUCCUGCAACCUCCACCCCCGGCGGUAUCAGUGACUACCUCGCGCUCAUGUCUUUCAAGUCGCGCAUAAUGAGUGACCCAUCGCGAUCCCUUGCAUCAUGGGGUAACCUAUCCCUUCCAAUGUGCCAGUGGCAGGGCGUGGUGUGUGGCUUGAGCAGAAGACGCCGUGGCCGUGUGGUUGUGCUAGACCUCGGCGAGCUCAACCUCCUUGGCACCAUCACCCCUGCGCUCGGCAACCUCACAUACAUGAGGCGGCUCAACCUUGCUCAGAAUCACUUCCACGGCGCUCUGCCUCAAGAGCUCGGUAAUCUUCAUGACCUUGAAACUCGGCAGCUUAGCAACAACUCCAUCCAGGGGCAGAUUCCACCGUCGCUGUCGAACUGCACUCGUCUUGUCAGUAUUUCUCUCCAAGGCUCCGGUCCCUUCUGCUUCGACUACCUCAGCUUAGGAGGACGAUCCAGUACCACUACUUCCACUUCGAUCGUUCACCUCUACAAGAACCUGUUCGAGCAGAAGGUGGACCCGCUGAGGACGCAGGGGAGGUGA